AUGCCUUCAUUCACGCCAGACGAGCGCCAGCGCAGGAUCGUUCAAUUAUCGCAACAAUGGGGCAUCGAGCUCCCCAAGAUCCCUCCGCCCUUAUCGCGGCCCAUGCGCCCGCCCUCAUUCCGCACUCCCGCAGACGACCAGGUGGCCGAUGGUCUCAUCCAGCAACAGGCGGCUGAAUCAGCAAAGACGCGCCCCAAGAGCGGACUGAGUCGCGCAUUUUCCUCGAGUAACCUGAAGAAGGGCAAGGGCUUGGACGCAAAGGACAUUGUCGAUGUCUUGGGGCAGUGGAUCGCCAACUCCGGCUCUCCGGGCGUGGCCGAGGCCCUCCUCUCAAGGCUGACGGCGGCUGGUGUUGAUUUGUCCGGCGCCCAGCAGCAGAAGAGUGGUAUCCUGAAUAGGAGGAAGAGUCUGGAUAGCUUCGAUGGCCGCACGCAGCUGCUGAGGUCCGCCGUUGAAAGAAACCUAAUGGACAUGGUCCGGGUCCUGCUUCCUCAUGCUGACACUCUGGCCCUCGACGCAUCUCUUCCUAUUGCCAUCCGGAGCGGCAAUGCGCAGAUGGUGGAGAAUCUGCUGAGGUACGGCGCCAGCACCUCACGAUUGACCGAAGCACAAACCGCCUUUCGCCAUGCCUGCUCGCUUCAUGGAAUGUCGGCUAUCGUCAGCCUGGUGCUUCAGUCAGAGGGCCGACCUCCCGACGACCUAAUCUCGGACGCCAUGAUUGAUGCCGCCAGAGCGGGCAACUUACAGAGCGUUCUCUAUCUUAGCCGCUCCACUGCGGAUGGAAAUCACAAGCAAGCCGAAGCCUUGAAGCAGGCGGUCGAAUUAGGACGCAAGGACAUUGCCGUUGCCAUCAUCAUGGGAAACAGGCCACCACAGCGACCAGGUCUGGACAAUGCCUUCCAAGCUGCCUUUGAACAUCCAUCGAUGAAUCCGGACUCCAAACUAGAGCUGGCAGAGCUCUUGCUUUGUGCCGGUGCUGGAGGAGACUUUUUGUCUCAGGCGCUCGAGCUGUCUUGCGAAACCCAGUUUUACGACAUGGCUAACCUGCUAGCCAUGUAUGGUGCUUCUAUCGAGUAUAACGAUGCCUCGAUGCUCAAGGGCGCUAUUGCUCGUGGACAGCUGGAUCUGGUCAACUCGCUUCUUCACGACAGAACAGCCCUUAGCCCACCAGCUGCGUCGAGUUGUGUCUCGGCCAUUCCAAAGCAAGCUGCUCCCGAAGUUCGCUACACUUUGCUAAGUCUUUUGCUUAGGAAGGGAGCCAACGGCGAUGCUCUCAGCCAUGUCCUCGUAGAUGCUGUCGAGGCUGGUGAUGUGAAUUCCGUCGAGCUACUUCUCAACCCUUACUUCUCAGCAUCGCAAGCCAACGGACAUAAUAAACCCAUGAAUGGUGGGCGCCAUGCCGUAGCAUCAAUUGAUUACCAAAACGGAAGAGCUCUCUCUGCCGCCGUUAUGCAGUCGAAUAUUGAGCUGGCAAGGAAGCUCUUGACCGCACGCCCUUCGGCUAGCACACUCACAACUGUAUUUCCACUUGUCAUGAGGUUGUCUGGCGCAGAUCGUUAUCAAAUGGUCGAGCUGUUUAUAAAGAAAUCGGUACCUGCAUCCAGUUUACAUGCUGCCUUUCAGGAUGCUAUUGGUGAGGAUAUUUCCAAGAGAGACAAGGCGCUCAUCAACCUACUCCUACAAAAGGACGCAGACGUAAACUUCAAUAAUGGCGCUGGGCUAGCUCCCCUUAUUUCGCAAAAAGAUGUCGGUCUACUCGCUCCUUUACUGAAGAAAGUGACUCCACAAACAGCUGCAGCAAGAACGCACGACGCUAUGCGAGUUGAUGAUCAUAGAGCGAGAUUCGAUAUCAUGACGUUGCUGUUCCAAGCGGGUGCCGCCACCGGCGUGGUUGAAGUCGCAACGGCUUUAUCAGAAACACUGAGUGAGAAGCCUGUCGACAUGUCGUUGCUUCAGCUGUUGCUCCAACAUGGCAAUGCAGACGUCAAUGCGCUUGAUGGUGCGGCUAUGGCCAAAGCCACGAUUAAUCCCGACCCAAAGGUCCUUGGACUGGUUACGAGCCUAGGAAAGCCCACGAGCCAAUCGAUUUCGAAAGCACUGCAAAGCCUUGCUUCAACGCCUCCAUCUGACGGAAAGACUGUGAAAUUGCGAACUUUGUUACCAAAAUCUGAUCGAAAGGAAGAUUUGGAUAGCAUCCUUGCUCAAGAGGUGCAGUUCAUCUCACGAGACCUCAGCCAAGCGCAGCCACCACUCAAUACGCUCAAAAUAUUGCUCGAGUCGGGGGCUGACCCGAAUGCGUACCAAGCCGCCUCUUUGUGCCAUGCAAUAAGGGGCAGCAAAAUACAGAUUGUUGAUCUGUUAUUCGGACCCCAGUGCCGUCUGAGCCAAGCUUCAUUGGGCUAUGCGCUUCCUCACGCAUUACGGCUGCAAGAUCCUAUGAAUAGACAGACGUUGACCACGAAGCUUGUGGAGGCCGGAGUAUCGCCGCAAGAAGUCAACCGGGCAUUGAUCCAUGCAAUCAAGACGUACCCAGAAGACUUUGGCCUAAUACGGAUUUUAUCAACCAAGGCUGAUACCUCAGAUGGUGAAGCUUUGUCUCUCGCCAUAUCAAGGGAAUCUGCCGAUGUGACUGACAUUUUGCUACAAUGCUCUAAUCAUUCAGUUGGAAACCGUAGCUCGGCACUGACCAAGGCGAUGGAAAUUAAGAACCGCACAACUAGAAAUGCCCUGUGCCAACGCUUAUUGGCAUACGAGAUAUCGCCGACUGCGGCGUCAAAUGCUCUGCUCGUCGCUGCUCGUGAAGGCGAUGUCAAGUUGGGCGAUAUCCUCAUGUCUCAUGGCGCAAGCAUGUCGCAAAACAAUGGCCAAGCAGUUAUAGAAGCAUGUCGUGGGGGAUCUGUGGAAGUACUCAAGGUUCUUCUAGGAACAGACAUGACGGUGAACAAUACUACUCUAGAAGAAGGAUUUCAAGCAGCCACCGAAGUCCGGGACCUGAGCAAACGAGCUAUGAUCUUUGAACAGCUUCUGGGCAAGGGGUUUAGAGGAGAGCUUGUGGAUGCGCAGCUGGAAUCAGCAGCAAGGUACGGAGACGGCGGCCAGGCCAUUUUAAGAGUGCUGCUAGUCGCCGGAGCGGAUCCGAAUUAUAGCAAUGGCGAGGCUGUUGUUGCGGCUACACGAAGUGCUUUUAUCAAGAACCUAGAGCUUCUCCUUGGGGUCUGGGAUGAAGGCGAUAGCCAGAAGAAAGUAUCUCCUCCUACGUUGAUUCGGGCACUCAAAGCUUGCUGGAACCUGAACCGUGAUGAUCGAUAUCUCAUAAUUAGCGAUCUUAUGAAAGCAGGUCUGCCCGUUGCGGAAGACUUGCAUAUUACAUUGAACGACGCAGUCAAUGAAGAAGAUUCAGAGGAAAGACUGGUGAAACUCUUGCUGGAGUAUGGCGCUUCACCUCUGGCCAACGGAUGCAAGACCUUAGUUGAUGCUGCUGAGAAGUCACUAUCCUCGACACUAGCUCUCCUAUUGGACAUUGAAAUUCCCCAGCAGGAUAUUAACAUGGCGUUUAAUAACUCAUUCAAGGCCGACAAGUUUGAGGCUUGGUUCACGCCAUCUGGUCUGGAAACGGCGGGCAUGCUGUUGGACAAGGGUGCAAAGGGCGAUGCUCUUAGCGAGGCGCUCGUCCAAAUUAUGAAGCAUGCCGACGAGAAUAUGGAACUCGCCGAGGUGUUUUUCGACGUCCUCACCGCGCAUGGUCCAAAUGUCGACUACCAGAACGGAGAGCCUCUGCGACUGGCUGCAUCCCAAGCAAACAUUGAAUGGACUCACAGAUUGCUCACUUGUCAUCCAUCCACAGAAACUCUCACGUUUGCGUUUCACAGCAUAUUCGAUACUGCGCUCACUCAGGACGUGGUUUUGGAGCUUUUCCAGAUGUUUGCAGACUAUCAUGAGGGAGACGUCCGAGUUGAUGUCAUGGCGACUCGUGCUGGCUCCAUGCCAGUGCUGGGAAAAGCGAUCUCCCAGUAUCCUCGCUCCUCAACUAUCUUGACGACGCUGUUGGAUGCUGGUUAUUAUCAUGACCAGUCUAUGCUAUAUAAACUGCAUCCUGAGAUUGAGGAAGAAGAGGAGAUGACGCUCCUCACAUGGGCCAUUGCCCAGCCGCAAAAGAAAGUCAGCUCUAAUCUGAUUCAGAUUUUACUGGAACGAGGAGCCAAGGUCAACAUUGGGACCAAGCUAUCGGGGACAACUCCUCUGAUGCUAGCUGUUCGGGAACGUCGCUCAGAUAUUGUAAAGUUGCUUUUGCUGGAGGGAGCUGACGUUGACGCCAUGGACUUUCUUGGAAGAACUCCAAUGGCAAUGGUCACUCACCUUAGUGGUGAUGUCGCCAUUCAAAUGAUGUCCAGUCUCCUUGCAGCAGAACCGUCAAAGGACGAUGGCUCGCUGCAUAACGCCGCGAGAGAUCUCAAUCUUCCAGCAGUUAAAGUCCUUAUGGAAGCAGGCCACGAUCCUGAUUUCCCUAGCCCGCUUCACAACGGUCGCAGCGCCCUAGGAGAAGUUUGUCUGCACGGGUCCGAUGCUGGAGAGAUGACACCUGAGCGAGAACGAAAGAUGCAAAAAGUCAUGACUUUCCUUGUAGAUUCGGGGUCCGAUUUAACCAUCAAGUUAGACGGCAAGUCUAUACUAUACCUUUGCUUCGACGCGACCGAUCCUGUAUCUACGACACGGGCGUUGCUAAAGAGCGGCAUGUGGAAGCACAUCAACAAGCCAUUCAACCAGUACGCAGACGAAACGUUUGUCUAUUCACCAACAAUGUAUAUAACCAAGGUUCUGGCGUCACUCGAUGCCCAUGACCAGCUCCUUUCAGUUCUUCGCGCAAGUCGUGCGACGGACGUGUAUUAUGCCAAAGAAGGCAACCAACCCGAAGGAGCCGUCGGAUUGCCGGAAGAUUUGGAAGUGAGGGAGCGAGUCCGAAAGGCCCGCUCGGAGCGGCUAGCGGAAGAGUCUCAGGACUUUGCCCUUGCACUAGCCAGGAAGCGAGAAAUCGCAUCUGUAGAGCAGCAGAUACAUUCACAAAAAGCAGAGAUGGAGGAUGCCCGUCGCAGAAGGCUGCAGUCCGAGGACCUCGCUACUAUUCGUUCCAAGGCCCAGCUCGAAGAGAGUCUCGCGAACGAUGCCUUUAGGCGACGUCUUUCGGAGCAGAGAGCUGUGACGGAAGCUACGCUGGCGAGCUCGCAAGCCCUUGCCGCUUCCGAUCUCGAGGCCGAGGAGGCUAGGCAGCGCAAGGCCCUCGAGUGGGAGAACAAGCUCAACUCUGAGCGGGCGGGUAACGCGCGCGCGCUGAUUGAGAUGCGUAUCGGCGAGAGGGAGGAGCUUGACCGUAUCGAGGUGUCGGCCGAGUCGCGGAUCCAGAGGCGGUUGGAGGCGCAGAGGAGGUUGGUUGAGAGUCAGGAGAAGUUGGCGGGGAGGUUGGCUGGUUCUGGGGGGGAUCCGAGGAGGCAGAUUGGGUAUGUUACUGAGUUGAAUUAG